AGCAAAACUCGUCGAAGACUGUCACAAUACCCCUUGCUACCUUUGAGUUUUUCCCGCUACACACAUAAUGGCGACCCAAGUUGCAAGCGGCGGUGCCGGAAAUGCUACCUUCAGGGACAAGGAGAAGCCCAGAGCUGUUCGGAUAGCGAAUAUCGUCGCUGCCAGAGCUGUGGCCGACGCGAUACGGACUUCUCUCGGACCCAAAGGCAUGGACAAGAUGAUUCAAACCGGCAAAGGUGAGACCAUCAUCACCAACGACGGAGCGACCAUGCUGCACCAAAUGAGCGUCAUGCAUCCUACCGCGAAAAUGCUCGUCGACCUCGCGCACGCCCAGGACAUUGAAGCAGGAGACGGAACAACAUCAGUUGUGGUAAUAGCAGGAAGCCUUCUGGGUGCGGCUGAGCGGUUGUUGUCGAAAGGAAUACACCCAACCAUCAUAUCCGAGUCGUUCCAGCGAGCGGCAGCCUUCGCGAUAGAACUUCUGACGGACAUGUCUAUUCCUAUCUCGUUGAGUGAUCGGCCGACGCUACUCAAGACCGCGACGACAGCCCUCUCGUCGAAGAUUGUAGCGCAGGAGCCAAAGCUGCCGAUAAUGGCAGUGGAUUCUGUGCUCAAGGUCAUCGACCCCAAGACCGCAGACAAUGUCGACUUGAAGAACAUCAGGAUCAUCAAGAAGGCUGGCGGCACCAUUGACGAGAGCGAGAUGGUUGAUGGGCUGGUCCUUCAUCAACCCGUUGUCAAGAGCGCUGGCGGGCCUACAAUAAAAGAGAAGGCGAAGAUUGGCUUGAUACAGUUCCAGCUCAGCCCGCCCAAGCCGGAUAUGGAGAACCAGAUUGUGGUCAACGACUACAGGCAGAUGGACAAGAUUCUCAAGGAGGAGCGGACGUAUCUGCUGAACAUGGUCAAGAAGAUCCAGAAGGCGAAGUGCAACGUUCUUUUCAUCCAAAAGUCCAUUCUUCGGGACGCAGUCAACGAUCUCAGUCUACACUUCCUCUCGAAGCUUAAGAUCCUUGUCGUCAAGGACAUUGAGCGCGACGAGAUCGAAUUCAUCUGCAAGAGUACCGGCUGCAAACCUAUCGCGGACAUCGACUCAUUCACGGAAGACAAGCUCGGCUCCGCGGAUCUUGUCGAAGAAGUUCAAGCAUCAGGAGCGCGGUACGUAAAGGUAUCUGGCGUCAAGUCCGCGGCGUCGACCGUCUCCAUCGUUUGUCGAGGGGCCAAUUCUCUGAUUCUGGACGAGACUGAGCGCUCCUUGCACGACGCCCACUGUGCCAUACGCUCGCUUGUCAAGAAGAAGGCCCUCCUUGCAGGUGGCGGUGCCCCAGAGAUCGAGAUCGCACAUCGACUGUCGCUGCGCGCGCGCGAGUUGUCAGGCACCGAGGCCAUUUGCUGGAAAGCGUUCGCAGAUGCCAUGGAGGUUAUUCCGAACACCCUGGCAGAGAACGCAGGGCUAAACAGUAUCAAGGUGGUGACUGAGCUGAGGCAUCGGCAUGCUCAGGAUCAGAGGAAUGCAGGGGUCAGUAUCAAGAGCGGGGGUGUGAAGAACGACAUGGCAGAGGAGAAUGUGCUGCAGCCGCUGCUUGUGAGCACGAGUGCGAUUGAGCUGGCAGCCGAGACGGUCAAGAUGAUUCUGAGGAUUGACGACAUCGCCUUGUCUCGGUAAAGGAGCGGUGGCUGGGGUGAAGAGGUCUGUACAGUACCGAUUUGGU